GCCGAACGGGGCCCGGCACAGGGGCUGCCCCCGGCAGCGCGACCUCAGCCUGUUGCCUCUGUUCUUGCUAGCAUCUGUAGGAAGUGGCAGGAUGCAUCCUGGCUCUUCUACAAAGCAUUUUUCUUGCAGGCCACAGUCAGAGCUUGCCCUCAUUAUGUGAUACGCUGGCCAAACGUUUGGCUCAGAGUUUGACCUUUGAACUUUGCAGAGAUAAAACUUUCAGAUGACAUGAAGGCUUCAUAUAUGAAGCCUUUAUCAUUUAUGACCUGACUGCUGCUUAGCUCAGGCCUAGGCUGUUGCUGUGCAAGCUUCCUUUUAGAUCUCAUGGGUGUCCUGAAGUUCUUUCCUGAAGUUCUCACGGUCUGAUGUGUGUAACACUGAGUGCAGAAUUCAGAUCAGUUGACAGAGGGCCGGCUCGGUCCCUCUACUGUGGUGCUGGACCACACGAGUGGCUUUGAGGGGCUCCUGCUGGUUGAUGAUGACUUACUUGGGGUCGCUGAGAGGGGAGUGCAGACACAUGAAUUGCCUGCUGGACCACAAAACCGUGGCGCUGGUGGAGUUAGCAGGGGCAGUUGCUUUCCAGUUGUUACUGUCCAGUAGCAAACAGCGUGUCCCUGUUUUAGUGGUGGAAGGUCUUCGGGUUCAAAUUCUGAAGCUGCUGCUGAACAACAAGGACAGAGGAGGGGGGGAAGCAUCCAGAUACAUCUUCCUGAACAAAUUCCGCAAGUUUCUUCAGGAAAAUGCUAGCAAUAGAGGGAACUUGACUGUGUUGUGCCCACCAGAGUACAUGGUGUGCUUCCUGCACCGGCUCAUUGCUGCCCUGCGUUUCUUCUGGGAUGGCCACAAGGCAAAGGCACCUGCUGUGCUGAGCAGUGAAGCUGUGUCAUCAGCUCCUGCAUGGCUGCCGCCUCACGCUUGAAGCCCUCCUGCACCAGUGCUUCAUACUCCUGUGGACAGGGAGCCAUGUUAGUAGCAGCAUACAAUGCCACAG